AUGUUCCCUGGUAGAGCUCACAACACGUAUAGCAACGUUAGGAAUGAUGGUGGGUAUUCGAGGCCUCAAUGCCCACCGCCUGGCAAUGAACAAAUGGAUUACUCGAGGCCUGCAGCACCUCCUCCAUCGUCGUAUGGUGAAUAUCAGCGUCCCAUGGCACCUCCUCCGCGAGGUAAUCGGGAUGGAUAUCACGAUGGACCACAGCAGUAUGCCCAGCCGUCAGUAAACAUGGCACAACCACCACAGCAGAUGCAGUCUGUUCAGGGUAUCGAAAAUGCAUUUCAAUAUUCUCAAUGUACGGGGAAGCGUAAAGCCCUACUCGUCGGUAUUAAUUAUAUUGGGACCAGAAAUCAGUUGAGGGGCUGUAUUAACGACGCUCACAAUAUGUUCAACUUCUUAACCAGCCGUUAUGGGUACAAUCCGAACGACAUCGUAAUGUUGACUGACGACCAACAGGACACAGUACGUUUGCCUCUGAAAUCUAAUAUUAUCAGAGCUAUGCAAUGGCUUGUCAAGGAUGCGAGGCCCAACGAUUCGUUAUUUUUCCAUUACUCUGGCCAUGGUGGACAAACUAAGGAUUUAGACGGUGAUGAGGACGACGGAAUGGACGACGUCAUCUAUCCAUUGGACUUCGAGUCGCAGGGAUACCUUGUGGAUGAUGUCAUGCACGAUAUCAUGGUUAAACCAUUGCCUCCAGGUGCAAGAUUGACAGCUCUGUUUGACUCUUGUCAUUCAGGAACGGUGCUGGACCUGCCAUACACGUAUUCUACCAAAGGUGUGGUUAAAGAGCCGAACGUUUGGAAAGACGUGGGUCAGGAUGGUUUGCAAGCGGCCAUGGCAUACGCUGUCGGGAACCGAUCUGCCCUGGUAAGUUCUCUUGGAUCUAUUGCGAGCUCGGUUAAGAACAAGGUCGGAGGGAAUGUUGAUCGUGAGCGUGUUAAACAGAUCAAAUUCUCUCCCGCUGAUGUGAUCAUGUUUUCUGGUUCAAAAGACAGUCAAACUUCUGCUGAUGCGACAGAAAAUGGUCAAGCCACGGGCGCUAUGUCGUAUGCAUUUGUUAAAGUACUAACUUUGCAGCCGCAGCAAUCGUACCUAUCGCUAUUGCAAAACAUGAGACAAGAGUUGAUGUCUAAAUACACACAGAAACCCCAAUUGUCAUCUUCUCAUCCGAUCGAUGUCAACUUGCAAUUCAUCUUAUGA